CUUUCUUUAUUUUAUUUACCUUUUACCAAAGUUACACUUCUACCCCUAUUUUUCUUCAAUAAGAGAUGGAAGAGCAAGGGCAAUUAAGUAAUUUGACAAUAUCCUUCUCCUUCAAGACUCUCUCUCUCCCACAGAAAACAAACUGUUUGUUGUUAAUAACUGUGGGUUUUUUCCAAAAUCCUCAAAGAGAGACUAUACUUCUCUCGGAUCCUUCCUGAUUUCAAAAUUUCUUCAACCCACCAGCAGCAGCAGCAGAUGAAGAAGGUUAAACAGAUUCGUGUCUUAAAGCCUUUCGAUCUUCUCUCGGAAGAGCUCGUCUUUAUCAUCCUUGACCUCAUCUCUCCCAACCCUUCCGAUCUCAAAUCCUUCUCUCUUACUUGCAAAUCUUUCUACCAGCUCGAGUCCAAGCACCGCGGAUCCUUAAAACCUCUCCGCUCCGACUAUCUCCCUCGCAUCUUGACUCGUUACCGGAACACCACCGAUCUCGAUCUUACCUUCUGCCCGCGUGUCACUGACUACGCGCUUAGCGUCGUUGGCUGUCUCUCCGGACCUACGCUUCGCUCCCUCGACCUCUCGCGCUCUGGCUCCUUCUCCGCCGCGGGACUACUGCGAUUGGCCCUCAAAUGUGUCAAUUUAGUCGAGAUUGACCUGUCCAAUGCGACGGAGAUGAGAGACGCCGAUGCUGCGGUGGUGGCGGAGGCGAGGAGUCUGGAGAGGCUGAAGCUGGGCAGAUGCAAGAUGCUGACGGACAUGGGAAUCGGAUGUAUAGCAGUUGGAUGUAAGAAGCUCAAUACGGUUAGCUUGAAAUGGUGUGUUGGCGUCGGAGAUUUAGGGGUUGGCUUGCUUGCCGUCAAAUGCAAGGACAUUCGCACCUUAGACCUCUCCUACUUGCCGAUCACAGGAAAGUGUUUACAUGACAUUCUGAAACUUCAACACCUUGAAGAACUUCUUCUAGAAGGGUGCUUUGGAGUAGAUGAUGACAGUCUUAAAUCACUCAGACAUGAUUGCAAGUCAUUGAAGAAGCUUGAUGCAUCCAGCUGCCAGAAUUUAACUCAUAGAGGUUUAACCUCACUUUUAAGCGGGGCAGGAUAUCUUCAGCGACUUGAUCUAUCACACUGUUCUUCUGUGAUAUCAUUGGAUUUUGCGAGUAGCUUAAAGAAGGUUUCAGCAUUACAGUCGAUCAGGUUGGAUGGUUGUUCUGUUACGCCUGAUGGUUUGAAGGCGAUAGGCACAUUGUGCAAUUCCCUGAAAGAGGUUAGCCUAAGCAAAUGCGUGAGCGUAACUGAUGAAGGUCUUUCUUCUCUAGUAAUGAAACUGAAAGACCUCAGAAAACUUGACAUCACAUGUUGCCGGAAACUAAGUAGAGUUUCAAUCACCCAAAUCGCCAAUUCGUGUCCUUUACUAGUCUCUUUGAAGAUGGAGUCUUGUUCUCUUGUUUCCAGAGAAGCCUUUUGGUUGAUCGGACAAAAGUGUCGGCUACUUGAAGAGCUUGACUUAACUGACAACGAGAUUGAUGAUGAAGGACUGAAAUCCAUAUCUAGUUGUCUGAGUCUUUCCUCGUUAAAGCUGGGAAUUUGUCUUAACAUAACAGACAAAGGGCUCUCGUACAUCGGGAUGGGCUGUUCAAAUCUCCGUGAACUUGAUCUCUAUAGGUCAGUGGGAAUAACAGACGUAGGCAUCUCCACAAUUGCCCAAGGCUGCAUUCAUCUGGAAACAAUAAACAUUUCAUACUGCCAAGACAUAACAGACAAGUCCCUGGUUUCAUUGUCCAAAUGCUCGUUGUUACAAACAUUCGAGAGCAGGGGAUGUCCUAACAUCACGUCCCAAGGACUUGCAGCCAUUGCUGUUCGGUGCAAGCGACUCGCCAAGGUUGACUUGAAGAAGUGCCCAUCCAUCAAUGAUGCGGGGUUGCUCGCUCUGGCUCACUUCUCUCAGAAUCUCAAACAGAUAAACGUGUCAGACACAGCUGUGACUGAAGUGGGACUUCUCUCCCUAGCCAACAUAGGGUGUUUACAGAACAUAGCGGUUGUGAACUCGAGUGGUUUAAGACCGAGCGGAGUAGCAGCAGCAUUGCUGGGGUGUGGAGGAUUAAGGAAAGCGAAACUACAUGCGUCCCUAAGAUCACUGCUUCCUCUUUCUCUAAUCCACCACUUGGAAGCUCGUGGUUGUGCGUUCCUCUGGAAAGACAAUACCCUUCAGGCGGAGUUAGAUCCCAAGUACUGGAAGCAACAGCUGGAAGAGAUGGCGCCUUAAAUUAAAAGUGAGAAGAAACAUUCUGAAAUGGGAAAGAGGAGUUCCUAUGGGAGCCAGCAGACAGGCCCUGUUUUGGGCCCAGUGUGGAUUAGCUGGAACAAUUUUGGUCUCUUUUGUGUUGUUGUUGACGGCGCGUGUUCUAACAACCCCACACAACCUUACAUUAUAAGUCUAGUCACAUGGUGGGUGACAUGGUACCGUUGUAUAUGUAGUUUUUGUUUCUUUUUUUUUUUUUUUUGGUUGGGGAGCCGAAAUUAACGGACGUAACAGAGUCACAAGGGGAUGCCUUCUCUGUGCCUUUUUGACUUUUUCCUCCUUUCUUUUUUUUCUGUAAUCAUAUGAGUUUUAUGUAAUUUAAUGCCUCAUCAACUUGCCUGGAUAGGGCCGGCCUUUCCACGUCACCUUAGUCGCGUUUUGCGGUAAAAAAAGUAAAAAGAAAGGCCGUGACUCAGUAGGGCCCAUUACUGGUCCAGUCCAGGCUCUCACCGUCUGUACAAAAAUAGCGAGUCAGCGACUCGGUGUGACAGCAACAACCCUCUCUCGUUGAAAAACGGCUAAUGCGCCCGACACUUCCAUCCUCAUAUUCCAUUACAAAAGAAAUCCAGCUAUGUAGUAUCAAACUACCGAAAACAUACACAUGUCAAUCAAGUCCAAAAAGUAUCACCGUCAAAUGAGUGAUUCAGAUUUUGUUUGCUCAUGAAAGAUAAACCAAAUGAUUACUUCCUUAAUCACCUGCCCCUUGUUUUCCAUUUUUUAAUUACAUAAUGGAACCCCCCAUUAUUAAAACAUGAUCAUUUUCUUUCGUAAUAAUUAAACUUCCCAACUAAAUGCCUCUUAAUA